AUGGGUUUUAAUCAUUUACAAACCACAUUUCUUAGAGCUAUAGUAGUGUUGACAUCAAUGACCGAAGCCAAUUGGGAAAUGAAAAAGGAUGUUUACAAGAGAUGGGUUUGGUCUGAGGAUCACAUUCAUACGGCAUUUAGGAAAAAUCCCAGCUGUAUGAUGGCUUCUGAAAAGAAGAUUACGGCGAUUAUGAAUUUCCUUGUCAACGAAAUGGGUUACAAUUCAGUAAGCAUUUCCAGAAGCCCAAUGGUUUUUAACUGCAGCUUGAAGGACAGGAUUAUCCCUAGAUGUUCAGUUAUCAGGCUUUUAGUCUCCAAGGGUCUGAUUCAGGAAAAAAUUUGUAUUCAUCCACUUUCAACAAUGGUAGACAAGGCAUUUUUGGAGAAGUUUGUCAAAAUGUACGAGCAAGAAGUUCCGGAACUUAUGAAGGCUUCCAGCUUCUCUUUCAUAUUUUAG